AUGGACUUCCACCGAUUCUACGAAACAUGGUACGAGCAGCUCCACCACCAAAUCCACCACCUCACCAAAUUCCCCCGUCUACCCACCACCGAUGACGACCACCACCAGCUCACCCAAGUCGUCAAUAAAACCAUGUCCCACUUCUCCGAGUUCUACCGAGUCAAGUCCCUCGCCGCUAAUCAAGACGUCCUCUCCAUCUUCUCCGCCCGUUGGUCCACCACUCUCGAACGCUCUCUCCACUGGAUCGCCGGAUGGCGCCCCACCACCGCUUUUCACCUUAUCUACACCGAAUCCAGCAUACUUUUUGAGUCUCGCAUACUCGACAUCCUCCAUGGCAUUCGCACCGGUGACCUCGGCGAUCUCUCACCGGCGCAGUUUACCCGUGUCAGUGAGCUUCAGUGUGAGACUGUUCAACAAGAGAACGCCAUCACCGAUCAGCUCUCGGAGUGGCAGGCAUGCAAAAUCUUUUGCUUUUCUCUUCAUUUUUGUUCAAAAAAGGAUGAGGCAAGUGAGCUAAUAGGCGGGUCGUGUGGGGAUCUUGAUAAGAAGAUCGGAAGGCUGGUUCAGAUCGUGGAGAAGGCGGACGAACUACGGCUGCGGACAUUGAAGGCGGUGGUGGAGCUUCUGACGCCACAGCAAGCGGUGGAGUUUUUGAUCGCGGCUGCGCAGUUGCAUUUUGGGAUCCAUAGAUGGGGUUUGAAUCAUGACCGUGAACGUGCUGGGAAAUGA